UCUGCCUGUCCCCGGGCGUCCCAGGACCUUGGAGAAUGUCCACGGUUCGGGGCUGCCUUCCCAGAGCCUGGGUCUCUGCCUCUCUGUGGCCUGGAGCGUGGAAUGUGGCUGGCGGGGGGGUCCCCGUCUCUGUGGUUGAGGAGUGAUCGGCAUCUUCUGUCGGUGCCAGCUGCUCUCUGUUCCUCCCCGCCCUGGCCUCUCUCUGUCUUUCUCCCUGUCAUCAUCGCGCUCCCCGGGGUGCCCCCUCCUCGCUGCAGCCGGAAGGAAGGCUCUUCUGGGAAAGGCCACGGGGUCACCACUUCUCCCUUUCGUGGCCUCCUCCUUCUGCCCCCACCUUUGGGGCCUUCCGCACCCGAGACUGGGGGUGGCCGGUGAAGGGACUGGGGGCUCCUCCUCCGGAGCCCCAUGAACCAGGCAGUGAGUCAGAAGGGGAAGGGGAAGUAGGGGGCCUCGACUGGGGGCUGGGCUUUCCCCUGGGUGGGACCUGAGUCCCUUGCCUGCCCGAGGGUGCUCCCUGCCCCAGCCCCUGAAAGCAGAUCCCGCCUGAGCCAUGGCCCCAAGACUUGUCCUGGUCCUCACCCUCACCUCCUGGGUGGGUUGCUCACUUUGCUGCGGGAGAGAAGCAGCUCCCACCCAGCCCAGGGUGCGGUGCCAGGCCUCUAGGUACCCGAUCGCAGUGGAUUGCUCCUGGACCCUGCCGCCCGCUCCAAACUCCUCCAGGCCCACGUCCUUCAUUGCCACGUACAGGCUUGGCGUGGCAGCCCAUGGGGAGAGCUGGCCCUGCCUCCAGCAGACACCAGAGGCCACCAGCUGUAUCAUCCCUGACAUCCAGAUGUUCUCCAUGGUGCCCUAUGUGCUCAACAUCACGGCUGUCCACCCCCGGGGCGUCAGCAGCAGCUUCAUGCCGUUUGUCCCAGAGCACGUCAUCAAACCGGACCCUCCAGAAGGUGUGCGCCUGAGCCCCCUCCCUGGGCAGCGGCUCUGGGUGCAAUGGGAACCCCCCCGGUCCUGGCCCUUCCCAGAGAUCUUCUCACUCAAGUACCGGAUCCGCUACAAGCGUCACGGAGCUGCCCGCUUCCGCCAGGUGGGACCAAUUGAAGGCACAUCCUUCACCCUCAAGGCUGUGAGGCCCCAAGCCAAGUACUGCAUCCAGGUGGCUGCUCUGGACCUCACUGACUAUGGGGAAUCAAGCGCCUGGAGUCUCCCAGCCAUUGCCUCCAUGACCCUGGGCAAGUAGUGGGGGUUCCCUGCACCCCUGAAGAGGGGCUGUGCCCUUGACAUCCAACUAAGGGUGGAUGGGACCUGACUGGCCUGGGUUCACUGCUGCCGAGUUGCUGGGCAACCUUGGACAAGUGACUUUGCCUCUCUGAGCCUCAGUUUCUCAGUCUGUGAAAUGGGGAUGUACUCCCUGCCUCCUCCUUUGACACAGUGCAAUGUUUUGUGAACUGUGAAUAUGAGAUUUUUUAAAUUGUUUAAUUAGAAAAGGAUCAUUGUCACUAGAAUCAGGACUCUUCCUUCUUUUAACAGAUCCACAUGAGACCCUGGGAGGAGAGGACAGACCAGGACACACACACACAGUGAAUCCCCACUGCCACACACGGGGUCAGGGCCAGACCAGAG